AUGGAAUCGUACUCGAUAAACGGGUUUUCGCCAUCGGGCCGCGACCCGGGCCUAGAAAUCGAACCCAUCUCGAUUUCUUCAGAAGAAAUAAAUGAGACGGGCCCAAUUUUUUCCUCGCCUUUCCAUGUCUCGACAUUUUUUAGCCUCCUUAGGUGGAGCCCGAGCAUGGAAGUGAAAACCUCACCACCAACGAACAUCAAAACAGUCAUGAAGAUCAAUUGGGAGUCAGAAAAGACUUCCAUCUCGACCGUGGACAUGCUCGAGACAGUGGCGGCCGAGACGGACGUGAAGAGCAAGUCGAUGUCUCGAGGUGCGAAAUUCGGUGAUCUUGGGUUUAAGGAUUUUAGGACCCCAAAACCCAAGAAAGGAAGGGAGAUAAAGCUUUGCACCGAAACUGAUAUGGGAAUGGAACGAAUAUGA